UAGAAGAACACAGGGGGAAAAAUACAUUUCGAAGAUGAAUGUACAAAGAAAAACAAGGAAAAUUGGCCUGUCAGAAGCAAGAGCUUCCUGGGAAGAACAAGGUGUACAUGAAGUUGCAGCUGGGAAGCUUGAGGUCAUGGAAAAGUUCUUCACCCCAUUGCCCCGCUCUGCUCUUCAGAGAUCAGCUAAAGAGCAAGUAAAUGUGGGAUCAGGUUGGAAUGAAGUGCAAGAACCUUAUUAUGCAGAAUCUCUCUCCUCUUCACCAUCAUCAUCUUCCUCAUCUUGGUCUUCCGAAUCUAACUUUAGAGGUCGGACAGUGUUCCCAAGAUACCACUCUCACGACCCCCAUUCCCGCUCCUGUAAUGACCUUACUGUGGGAAAGGGGAGGAGAAAUGAUGAUGAUGAUAGGAGGGUUUCCACUGGGAAACAGAGUGGGAACCUGGUUUGGAGAAGAUCUGAAAGAGAUAGCACAGAAAGACUUUCAACAGGAGUUUGCAGUGCUGGAUCAAACAAUCUGAAGGUCCCUGGAUAUGGAAUGGAUGCAGGACUCCUUGAUGGGAAAGGAAAACAUAAGGGAAAUAUGAAAAAUGGAGGCCGAAAAGCACGGUCCAUGGAAGUGCUAUCAGAAAAAGAAACGAGGAAAGAACAAAAAAUGUAUAAAAGCAAUAUCAUGGAAAAGCAAAGAUUUUCAAAAUUUCUGGAUGAGAUAACCCUCCAGGUGCUGAGUCCCUCAAACCUGAACUCUUUAGGAGUAAAAGGACAGAAGGCUGAUACUCAUACACUACUGAAAAACUCAAGUACAGAUAGCUCAGGUUCUAGAGGGAACAGAGGCCCCCAUGCACCAGUAGUACAGCAACAAGAUAUCAGAAGGAUGGGGAAAGAAAAAGCAGAAGCUUCUGUUAGGCCAAAACUAGUCGCAGAUAGACCAAGCUCAAGGAGGAGCCGAGAUUUGAGCACAAGUCCUGAUUCUGCUUCCUCUGUGGUAUGGAAUAAGGAAAUGGCUGAACUAGGCUCUGGUAUGACACCCGUAAGGCAUGCACUAAAGAACCCUGAAAUUCACAGCCACCAAGUAGGGGUGCGGGCAAAGGAGAAGUCCAAAGUUGGAAGUCUGUUUGAACAGACAGGGAGGGAUAAAAAAGAAGGCUACAAAAAAGGAAACGCACUGUGUGUUGAUAAAACGCCAAGCAGUGAAUUUUCUUCAGACCCUACCACACCAGUACCCCUAAUACCUCCUCCAACUUGGUGGCGAGACUCCGUUACAUCCCAGGCCUCUGAAAAAAAUAUAGAAAACCCGAGAGAUAUAUCCAAAAGGUGAGAAGCCCAUAGAACAGCAAAUAUAUUGUAGAACAUCUGUUUUCAAAGAACAAACUAGCACGGCAUAUGUACAAAUACCACAAUACAAUGUAAUUGUUUAAUGCUACAAGGCACUUCCUCAG